AUGUCGGAUGCGCAGGAAAAGUUCGCGCCGAUCCCUCCGCCGUCUGCGGAGAUAGCCGAGACGGAUCGAGUUGAAGACAAGGAUCACAAUGCCGAUAACACAGAAGUUCUUCACCCGGAUGAGACCAGCCUGAAGCCUAGUAUCUCGACUUCCCAAAGAUGGCGAACAGCAAGCCAGCGGGUUCGCAAUCGGGCUGCCACAAUAGCAGAGAAGCUCGGUCGACCCCACGAAAGAGAGGCUGAUGGCUUGGAUUCACCCAUGUUACCAGAGUACUAUGGAGCAACCGACGAUAUCCAAGGAUUCGAGGCACGCAAGGCAACCGACGAGGAAGCUCGGCUCCCCAGAGCAGACUAUGAUUCACAAGCUCGGCUCUUGGUGGAACGAAUGGGGUCACAGUUCGAGGCACGGCCUCCACGCAUGGAAGAACCCCGUUCCGGUUCGACAACCCCAGGAACUCCAGAUGGGAUGGCAACACCUGGUGGACCACCUGGAGGACUCCUGUCACAAUUGCUUCGUGUCUACGCCAAUAAUCUUCAUAAUGCCAGUCGGAUGAGUGUUGUCUCUACGACUUCGGAAACCGACCCGGAAAUCGAAAGCAUCCCAGCAUCCGGCACAGUAACCCCAGGUGGAAAGAAAGACAAAUUGAAAUGGUACAACGGCAGCCAAAAAAAACCAACCCACAGCUAUACUUCCUCCCUCAUCAAUGCAUCCAUGGAUUUGGGUCGGGUUGGGGUGCCCGGCGCCACGGGUCCUCCACCUGUGAAUCAUAAAGAACGAAAGAAGCAAAAGCGCAAGAGCAAAAAGAACAUCAAGCUCACCGUCCACAUUGCCGCUAUCCUUGCCCGCCAACAGUACAUUAUGCAGCUGUGCCGCGCUCUCAUGAAGUACGGUGCUCCAACCCACCGCCUCGAGGAGUACAUGAUGAUGACCUCCAACGUACUGGACAUCAAAGCCCAGUUCAUGUACAUCCCGGGCUGUAUGAUCAUGUCCUUUGACGACCCGCUAACCCGCACUGCCGAGGUCAAGAUCAUCCGCGUCGUGCAGGGUCUUGACCUUUCCCGUCUCGCAGAGACACACAACAUCUACAAAAACGUCGUCCAUGACUUGGUCGGCGUCGAACAAGCAACCCACGACCUCGACGAUAUCAUGCUGCGCAAACCGCGCUACAACCGCUGGCUCCUCAUCUUUUUAACUGGCUGUGCCAGCGUCACCGUCGGUCCAUACGCCUUCAGCGCCCGCCCCGUCGACCUCCCUAUCAUCUUCGUCCUAGGUUGUCUAGUAGGUUUCAUGCAGUACGUGGUCGCACCAAAUUCGGCAACCUACUCCAACGUGCUAGAAGUCACUGCCGCGGUCCUCACCUCCUUCCUCGCGCGCGCGUUCGGCAGCAUUCGGCACAACGGCGACCACGUCUUCUGCUUCUCGGCCAUGGCGCAGUCCUCCAUCGCCAUGAUCCUACCGGGCUUCGCCGUGCUGAGCAGUAGUCUCGAGUUGCAGUCGCAUCAGAUGAACGCGGGCUCGAUCCGCCUCGUCUUUACCAUUAUCUACUCACUCUUCCUCGGGUACGGCGUUACCGUCGGUACGACGAUCUACGGGCUGAUGGACCAUAACGCUACGAAGGAGUCGACUUGUUCGAAUCUGCCGGAGGUCUGGGGGAACGAAUACAUCCAGCACUUCCCCUUUGUCGCGCUGUUUUGUCUCUUCGCUGCGCUGAUCAAUCAGUCCAAGCCGAAACAACUGCCGGUUACGAUCUUCAUGGGGGUCUGUGGCUACGUCACGAAUUACUUUAGCACGAAAAAGCUCGGCUCGAAUCAGGUCGCUAACACUGUGGGCGCGUUCACCAUUGGCCUUCUGGCUAAUCUGUAUAGUCGAUUGUGGCAUGGGCAUGCGGCUGCUGCUAUUAUUCCGGGUAUCUUUACCCUGGUCCCGUCGGGUCUUGCGUCUAGUGGAUCGAUCAUUUCAGGACUGGAGUAUGCCGAGGCGGUUGCAUCUGGUCAUGUCUCCAGUAGUACGACCAGUGCGACAUCUAAUAGCUCGCUUACUUCGCUGGGAUAUGGGAUGAUCCAGACAGCCAUUGGUAUUUCCGUUGGGCUGUUUAUCUCUGCUUUGAUUGUUUACCCGCACGGGAAGAAGAGGAGUGGGAUCUUCAGUUUGUAG